UCGUGAUGUCAUAUCCUGACUGUGUUGUGGAGCUGUGUCACAGGAGAAACGCUGACAAUGUAACCUUAUAAGAGUAACUAGAAGCUUGGCCCAGUUGAUAGUCUGGCGAUAUUUCUGGUAUUGAGUAGGCAAGUUCUAAACAAGUUAACAUGACGUCUGCGUUCUCCUGUUGUAUGGGAUGGUGCGGGGAUUCGGGUUCUGGCCACGUAACCCUGAAGGAGAUGCCAACUGUUCAGUUGGACACCCAUCACAUGGGCACAGAUGUUGUCAUCGUUAAAAGUGGAAGGAGGAUAUGUGGCACUGGUGGUUGUCUUGCCAACGCACCUCUCCAUCAAAAUAAGAGUUAUUUCGAGUUAAAAAUUCAAUCCUCAGGGGUAUGGGGCGUUGGAGUCGCGACUCAGAAAGCAAAUCUAAACCAAGUGCCCAUGGGAAGGGAUAUUCACAGUCUGGUCCUCCGAUAUGAUGGCACCAUAUACCACAAUAAUGAGGAGAAGAACAGACUGCCUGCAAACAGUCUGCCACAGGAAGGAGAUAUAGUGGGCAUCACAUAUGAUCACGUGGAAAUGAACAUUUAUCUGAACGGGAAGAAUAUGAACUGUCCUGCCUCUGGGAUACGAGGGACGGUCUACCCUUUCGUCUUUGUGGAUGACAGUGCAAUCCUUGACUGCCAGUUCAGUGACUUCUAUCACACUCCUCCAGCUGGCUUCCAGAAGAUUUUGUUUGAGCAGCAGAUCUUCUAAGUGUUAUGUGUAUUGUGUGAGAUUCCAGACCAUAAAGUCAAACAUUCUAGAUUACUCCACUUCAGCUCUCUCUGAUCAAGUGUUCCGUCAAUCAUCUGGGAACGUUGAGAUUCCAGGAUAUAAAAGCCAUGUGUUCCAGUGUUGCUUAAUCCAAUCACAAAUUUCCACCACAGGAUAAUUCUAACAGUAAAUAUUUUGUUCUUUCUUCCAACGCUGGAACUACUGUGAUCUUAAGACACAACCUUCACAGUAUGUGUGUUGCAAAACACCGUCUGACUCCCAAAGAUGAACUUCUUUCUACACACACACACACACACACACACACACACACACACACACACACACACACACACACACACACACACACACUUGUGGUCUGUGUCUCUCCAAUGAAUGUGUGUGGCACAGUGUUGUUUUGUUUUGAGACAGCUAUGAUGUGUUGCAGUUGUUAUGCUCAUGAUGCCUCAUGUGUGACGGGCCUUGCAGGAUUAGCUGCUGAUGUCAUCAUCUGUGACGAUGCUUACAACUGGUGGAGUCAAGCACUCCCCCUGGGAUGUGACACCUACUGUCAAGGGUGAUUAGAAUGGUGGAAAUUGAAGAGAUUAUUUGGCCAACAAAUUUAAGGGGCAGUCAUUGGUGAACAAAAUAAUUUAAGGUAAACUUAAUUUUUAAAGGGUGAACAGUCUUUUUGCAAUGUUUGACAUACUGUCUGUCAGUUUAUGUUGGAUUUGAGGUCCUAUCUGAAAGCUGUUUUAAUUUGUUAUAACUACAGUACUGAACUGUACCUUUUCAGCACAUAAAGGAAUAAUCUUGGAUCGUGUUCAUUAAUCGUUUAUCGAUGGUUAUACAGUAUGCUAUGCUUUAUUGGCUCUAUCUUAAAGCCAUGUCUCUGUGUGUUUAGAUCACACAGAGGUGUUAAAUGUUUUGUGCUUUCUGGCACAAAUAUUUGACUGUAUAUCUUGAUUAUGUUUGGUAUGUAAUCAACACUAAAUAUUUAUGUAUAACUGUAUUGUUACUGUAUAUUUUCUUGGCUUAAUAAACUGUAAAACUUAA